AUGAUGGCACGUCCUCAAUUAAUCUAUCGUUGCACGCGUACUGUCGCUGAUGUUGUGUUUGUGCUUGAUAAUUCUGGAAGUGUUGGAAAGGGAAAUUUCCUUCGUCGUUCAGAACUGAGAGCUAUCGCAAGUUACCCGAAAUAUAAGCAUAUGUUUACUGUUGGCAAUUUCAAUGCUUUGAAAACGAUUACAAGGGGAAUUACGAAGAAUAUUUGUCAAGUGGCACGUCCUCAAUUAAUCUAUCGUUGUAAGCAUGCUGUCGCUGAUGUUGUGUUUGUGCUUGAUAAUUCUGGAAGUGUUGGAAAGGGAAAUUUCCCGGCACGUCCUCAAUUAAUCUAUCGUUGUAAGUAUGCUGUCGCUGAUGUUGCGUUUGUGCUUGAUAAUUCUGGAAGUGUUGGAAAGGGAAAUUUCCAUAAUAAUAUUAAUGUUGUAGUCGAUUAUCUAUCAUUCAAUAAUAAUAGUAGUCUAAGUCUCUUUUUAAUAUUAUCUAUUUUAAUACUCGUUAUCUAUCAUUCAAUAACUUAG